AUGGCGUAUCUACUGCCCGGGGCGCACGGCAAGGACAACGGGUUCUAUUCCGAGAAGCACCCAUCGGACCACGUGCUCACGGCCGUCGCGCACGUGCUCACGCGGCUCGCCCACGUGCUCAUCUUAUUCAGCGGUCUCAUGGCAAUCGCGUGGUGCGCUUUGGUCGUGCGCAAUCCCAGCAUUUCCACUCUUCUCGCUGCGCCCGUCACGUCCAACCCCGCCGGUGGCACCGGCAGCAUCUGGAGCCUCGUCAGAAACAGCAGAAGCAGCGGCGGAGGAGCCGUCGAUAUCCCCGCCAUGGCCAGCAGCAGCAGCGGCGGCGGCGGCGCCCACCAGGAGUACAUUGCGCCUUCCUCCAUUCCCGGAUCCCGCCUCACUUCCGCCGACGCUGAUCUCGCAUUUAGGCGCGGGUUUGAGUGUGUCAACGAGAGGGGCACGUGGCAAUUCGACAGCACGCCACGUUUGCUGCCGUGGGCCGUCGCAGGCCAGCACGGCGGCUGGCAGUGCGACCAACCGUGGCUCAGGGAAAAUCGCGCCGCGCACACCCCCCAACCAUCCCCCGAAGCUGCUGCGCCGAGCGCAGGUGCAAACCCCCCCGUUGCCGCCAGCGCGUCCGCCGAUCUCCCGAGCUCGACGCAAGCGCUGGCCCCGCCUUCCGCGCCAUCCCCCCCGCUCCGCAGAUUGCUGUCCGUCGACGCGUUUCCAUCCACCACUCCCUCUGGUGGCGCUGACGACGAAGCAGCCUUGCCAGAGGAUGAGGAAGAUACAGCCGAAACAGCGGCCGUCGAUUCCACUCGUGCUGCCAAGGCUGCAUCGAAAGCAGUUGCUCUGGCAGCGGGGCUGACGAACGGGCGGGGGAAGAUCCUCAUGGUGGGCGACUCGCUGACCUCCCUGGCGUUCCUCUCCUUCCGCAACCACAUGCGAAUGUGCGCUGCCGCAGCUUCUGCAGGCGCCCGGGCUACGCACGCAGGUGACACAGGCAACGCUAGCACGAUGGGUAGAAACAGCAGCACGAGUAGCGAUAAAGGAAACGGGGGCAGUGGUGAACCCCUGCCCGCUGCUCCCCAGUCCUUGGUGCCGCCCCUGCCUGCCAAGAUAGAGGAGGCGAAGCUAGCAGUGUGUGCAGCAGAGGUGCAGCAGUCGGUGAUGCGAAACAUGCAUGGGCACAUGCUGUGUGACAGCGUGUCGUACGGCAACACCACCGUCGCCACGGUGCGCAACGAUGUGCUGCACACCAACAGCACUCGCCGCCUCGACUUCCCCCGCAUGGUCUCCUUCCCCUGGUUCGACGAUGUGCUUCCUGAGAGCGACACUGCCGUGCUUGUGCUGAAUCGCGGAGCACACUAUGUGGAGGAUGAGGAGUUCACGGAGCAGCUGAACAGGACGCUUACGAGAGUGCGAGAGGUGGCACCAGAGCUGCUGAUCAUCUACAGGAGCACGCCGCCUGGGCAUGCGCACUGUGAGAACAUCACUGCUCCUCUCAAAGAGCCACAGGACCCAGCAUCAUUGCCGUUUCACUGGGGGGAGUUUGGCCGGCAGAACAAGCUUGCGAGGCAGAUGGUAGAGGCAGUAGGAGGUGUGUUCAUGGACGUUGAUCCGAUGACAAGUUUACGAGGGGAUGGCCACAUGAUGCCGCCUAGUGAUUGCCUUCACUACUGUCUUCCUGGCCCUCUGGAUGUGUGGACACAGCUCCUGUACAAUAUGCUGCUUCACUUGCUAUAA